CACGCCGCGGCCUCGCUCCCCCGCGAGAGCCAGCGCUGCGGCUGCCGCGCGCACACGCUGCCCCGCGUCUGCCGCGCACGGCUCUCCCCACGCGCGCGCCUCGCUCACGGACGCACGUUCGUUUUCCCUCGCGCGCCCGGGUCGCGGCGGCGGCGGCGGCGGCGGCGGCGGCGGCGGGCGGACCGCGCGGGGCAGCUCGGUAGCGGCCGCCGCGGGCUGGCCGGCGGGCCAUGGAGGCGGAUGGGGCCGGCGAGCAGAUGAGACCGCUACUCACCCGGGUAACGAACAGGGGUCCUGAUGAAGAAGCUGUUGUGGAUCUUGGCAAAACCAGUUCAACUGUGAACACAAAGUUUGAAAAAGAAGAACUAGAAAGUCAUCGAGCUGUCUAUAUUGGUGUUCACGUCCCAUUUAGUAAAGAGAGUCGUCGGCGUCAUAGGCAUCGUGGACACAAACAUCACCACCGAAGAAGAAAAGAUAAAGAAUCAGAUAAAGAAGAUGGACGGGAGUCUCCUUCUUAUGACACACCAUCCCAAAGAGUUCAGUUCAUUCUUGGUACUGAAGAUGAUGACGAAGAGCACAUUCCCCACGAUCUCUUUACGGAAAUGGAUGAACUGUGUUACAGAGAUGGUGAAGAGUAUGAAUGGAAAGAAACUGCCAGAUGGCUGAAAUUUGAAGAGGAUGUUGAAGAUGGUGGUGACCGAUGGAGUAAACCUUAUGUGGCAACUCUUUCUUUGCACAGUCUUUUUGAACUAAGAAGUUGCAUCCUAAAUGGAACAGUGAUGCUGGACAUGAGAGCAAGCACUCUAGAUGAAAUAGCAGAUAUGGUAUUGGAUAACAUGAUAGCCUCUGGCCAGUUGGAUGAGUCCAUAAGAGAGAAUGUCAGAGAAGCUCUUCUGAAGAGACAUCAUCAUCAGAAUGAGAAAAGAUUCACCAGUCGGAUUCCCCUUGUUCGAUCUUUUGCAGAUAUAGGCAAGAAACAUUCUGACCCUCACUUGCUUGAAAGGAAUGGGGAAGGCCUUUCAGCCUCCCGCCACUCUUUGCGAACAGGUCUGUCUGCCUCAAACCUUUCAUUGAGAGGAGAAUCGCCUUUAUCUCUUCUUCUCAGUCAUCUUCUUCCUUCUUCAAGAGCUGGAAGCCCUGCAGGCUCAAGGUGUACAACCCCAGUACCCACCCCUCAGAACAGCCCUCCUUCCAGCCCUAGCGUCAGUCGCCUGACCUCCAGAAGUUCCCAGCAGAGUCAGCUUCAGGCCCCAGAACUACUGGUUUCACCUGCCAGUGAUGAUAUUCCCACAGUAGUAAUUCAUCCGCCUGAGGAAGACUUAGAAGCACUGAGAGGCCAGGAGCAGAAGAAGGAGGAAAAUGUUGACAUGACUCCAGGUAUUUUGGCCUCUCCACAGUCUGCACCUGGAAACCUGGACAAUAGUAAAAGUGGAGAAAUUAAAGGUAAUGGAGGUGGAGGAAGCAGAGAAAAUAGUACUGUUGACUUCAGCAAGGUUGAUAUGAAUUUCAUGAGAAAAAUUCCUUCGGGAGCUGAGGCAUCCAAUGUUCUGGUGGGAGAAGUAGACUUUUUGGAAAGACCUAUAAUUGCAUUUGUGAGACUGGCUCCUGCUGUUCUCCUCUCAGGGUUGACUGAAGUCCCUGUUCCUACGAGAUUUUUGUUUCUGUUACUGGGUCCCGCAGGCAAGGCACCACAGUACCAUGAAAUUGGAAGAUCAAUAGCCACUCUCAUGACAGAUGAGAUUUUUCAUGAUGUAGCCUAUAAGGCAAAAGACAGAAAUGACCUCUUAUCUGGAAUUGAUGAAUUUUUAGAUCAAGUAACUGUCCUACCUCCAGGAGAGUGGGAUCCUUCAAUACGCAUAGAGCCACCAAAAAGUGUUCCUUCUCAGGAAAAGAGAAAGAUUCCUGUAUUUCCCAAUGGAUCUGCCCCCAGCUCGGGUGAUACUCCUAAAGAGGCCGACCACCAUGCUGGGCCUGAGCUACAGAGGACUGGACGGCUUUUUGGUGGUUUGAUACUUGACAUCAAAAGGAAAACACCUUUUUUCUUGAGUGACUUCAAGGAUGCAUUAAGUCUACAGUGCCUGGCCUCGAUUCUUUUCCUAUACUGUGCCUGUAUGUCUCCUGUAAUCACUUUUGGAGGGCUGCUUGGAGAAGCUACAGAAGGCAGAAUAAGUGCAAUAGAGUCUCUUUUUGGAGCAUCAUUAACUGGGAUUGCCUAUUCGUUGUUUGCUGGGCAACCUCUAACAAUAUUGGGGAGCACAGGUCCAGUUUUAGUGUUUGAAAAAAUUUUAUUUAAAUUCUGCAGAGAUUAUCAGCUUUCCUAUCUGUCGUUAAGAACCAGUAUUGGUCUGUGGACUUCUUUCUUGUGCAUUGUUUUGGUUGCAACAGAUGCGAGCAGCCUUGUGUGUUAUAUUACUCGAUUCACAGAGGAGGCUUUUGCGGCUUUAAUUUGCAUCAUAUUCAUCUAUGAGGCUUUGGAGAAGCUCUUUCAUUUAGGAGAAAUAUAUGCAUUUAAUAUGCACAACAAUUUAGAUGAACUGACCCACUACUCAUGUGUAUGUGUUGAACCUCCUAACCCUAGCAAUGAAACUCUAAAAAUAUGGAAGGAAAAGAAUUUAACAGCAGAUGAUAUUUUCUGGGGGAAUCUCACUGUUUCUGAAUGUAGAACCUUUCAUGGUGUAUUUGUAGGAUCAGCUUGUAGUCUUCAUGGCCCUUAUAUUCCAGAUGUGCUCUUUUGGUGUGUCAUCUUAUUUUUCACAACAUUUUUUCUGUCUUCAUUCCUCAAGCAAUUUAAGACCAAGCGGUAUUUUCCUACUAAGGUGCGAUCGACAAUCAGUGACUUUGCUGUAUUUCUCACAAUAGUAAUAAUGGUUGCAAUUGACUACCUUGUAGGAGUUCCAUCUCCUAAACUUCAUGUUCCUGAAAAAUUCGAGCCCACUGAUCCAAGUAGGGGCUGGAUCAUAAGCCCAUUGGGAGAGAACCCGUGGUGGACUUUAUUAAUAGCUGCCAUCCCAGCUCUGCUUUGUACCAUUCUCAUCUUUAUGGACCAGCAAAUUACGGCUGUAAUCAUAAACAGAAAGGAGCACAAGUUGAAGAAGGGAGCUGGCUAUCACCUUGAUUUGCUCAUGGUUGGUGUUAUGUUGGGAGUUUGCUCUAUCAUGGGACUUCCGUGGUUUGUGGCUGCAACAGUGUUGUCAAUAAGUCAUGUCAACAGCUUGAAAGUUGAAUCUGAAUGUUCUGCUCCUGGGGAGCAACCCAAGUUUUUGGGAAUUCGUGAACAGCGAGUUACAGGGCUCAUGAUUUUUAUUCUGAUGGGCCUGUCUGUGUUCAUGACUUCAGUACUAAAGUUUAUUCCAAUGCCUGUCCUGUAUGGUGUUUUCCUUUAUAUGGGAGUUUCCUCAUUAAAAGGAAUCCAGUUUUUUGACCGUAUAAAAUUAUUUGGAAUGCCUGCUAAGCAUCAGCCCGAUCUGAUAUAUCUUCGUUACGUGCCUCUCUGGAAAGUCCAUAUUUUCACAGUCAUUCAGCUCACUUGUCUGGUUCUUUUGUGGGUGAUAAAAGCUUCAGCUGCUGCGGUAGUUUUUCCCAUGAUGGUUCUUGCAUUAGUCUUUGUACGCAAACUCAUGGAUCUGUGUUUCACAAAGAGAGAACUUAGUUGGCUUGAUGAUCUCAUGCCAGAAAGUAAGAAAAAGAAAGAAGAUGACAAAAAGAAAAAAGAGGAAGAGGAAGCUGAACGAAUGCUUCAAGCUGAUGAUGACACUGUGCACCUUCCAUUUGAAGGGGGAAGUCUCUUACAGAUUCCAGUUAAGGCCCUAAAAUAUAGUGUUGAUCCCUCAGUUGUUAACAUAUCAGAUGAAAUGGCCAAAACUGCACAGUGGAAGGCACUUUCCAUGAAUACUGAGAAUACCAAAGUAACCAGAUCUAGCACGAGCCCUGAAAAACCUAUGAGUGUGAAAAUAAAUCUUGAAGACGAACCAACAAAGAAAUACAUGGAUGCUGAAACUUCGUUAUAGAAUUGAACCAAGAGGAAUUAUAUAUAUAGCUAUACAGAUAUAUAUUUUAUUUAUAUAUAUAUAUGCAUAUAUAUAUAUAUAAAAUGUGUGUAUUUCAUGUCAUUAUAUAUAACAAUAUUGUAAGUCAUGCUGUUUAUGCGUGGCUCCUGGGUUUUUGAAGUAGUGUCUAAAGUUUGUUAGGAACACCAUGGAGACUGUGUAUAUAAUGAAAUGGUCUCUUAGAAAUGAGGUACAUGGUUCUUACUAUUCAAAUAUUUAUUCUGUUGAAAAAAAAAUUUCUGUUCUGCAGUAGAAAGAUGUGGGGAAAUGCAUUCAAUCUCCUUUUCCUUUUAAUCUAUUUGUUCAUCAGUGGUAAUUCAUACCAACCUUACGUGAUGUACUUUGUCCAUAUAUUUAUAAUUUUUACUUGAGCUACUAAAAAUUUUUACAUAUUAUUUCACUUUUGUUAGUUCUUUAUGGGAAGAACAGGGAGUCUUUAUGCCAUUGUUGUGGACAAAUGGUAACAUGUCAUGGCUUCUCUGUAUGUAUGUUUCAUUUAUGCAGAUGUCCAUCAUGUUUCACAAGCAGUGGAGAGUUUUUGGCUCUAACGGUAGAACAAUAGAAACUGUCUAGAUAAGAACUAUAGUCUUGACCUUUGUGUCUUUAAAAUUUAUUUUAAAUCUUAAAAAAUGUCCACAUCCAGGUUUCUAUUCGAAUAGGCAAGUAAAAUUGCAGGUGAUUUUAUAAUUUAACCCCAUACCAGUCAUAACUUUAUGGAUUUUAGAAGCUGUAAAAUGCCAGUUGAUAAUAGUUAAAUUUUGUUGCCUUUGUAGAAUUUUUUUUUGAAUCCUAAUGCUUUAUAAGAGCCCAGAAUGCUUCCUCUGUUCUCUGCCUUUGCUGUCUUUUACUUAAAAUAUGGUUAAGUUUAUAUCAGGUUCAAGCUCUUGAUUAUUUUUCUGUUACAAGUAAUACGACUAAAUAAUCAGGAAUCACAAUUCUCCUAAUGGGUUUAUGAUCAGUAUUACUUUAUUCUAAAGAAUUACCUUUCAUUUUCUUGUUUACGUUGUUAUUCUUUCUAUGGUAUAGAUAAUAUUUAAUAGAUUGUUAUCUGUGAUCUAUUAUAAACUAUUUUAUUUAUUUUCAUUGAUAUGAUACUUAGCUAUAUAAACAUUUGAAAAGGUAGCAAAUACAGAAUAAUUUAAAUUGUUAAUGUAAAUAGUUGGUGCUCACUUGCAUUUAUGGUUUAUUAUCUUUGAAAGCAGUUGACAGAUUUUACAUCUUUGAUAUAAAGCACUGCCAUAUUUGUAUUUUAAAAGGAAUUUAAACAUUUUAUGUAUAGCUCAGAUUGAUGGCAUUCUUUCUAGUUUGUGUUAGUAUUUGUUAUUUAGUUUCUGCUUUUCUGAGCUAUUUUUAACUUCUAGCAAAUCUUUUUAGUCAUCUUUUAUAAACUCUUCUCUCUACAUGAAAUAAAUGUUAUUCUUGUUAAGCCUGUAGGACUGGAUGAAUGGGGUUGUGAAAGUGAUUUGGCAAGAGGAUAAUUUACGAAAAAAUGAGUAUUGAGAAGCCACAGAAAUACCGAAAUUGUAACAUGAAUAUUAGGAUGAACAUUUUAAUGAAAUUCCAAUGCUCCCUUUAAACAUUUGUAAUUAAAGUUCAAAAGUAGGAACAGUUGAUCUUAUAGAGGAUCAUGAGGAAUGCCAAAAGCUGGUAUUUUAGCAAUUCUGAAGUGUUUUGAAUCCAUUGUAAACUGCUCGGUAGCUGAUAUAAUUUCUCCAUCUGAGACCAUAUUAUCAGAUUCUAGUUAAAGAAUUCGACUUCUGCCUCAAAUGAGAAGUUGGAAAUGUAGCUACUUUUCUUUAGAAAAUAGAGCCGGCAUCAUUUGGUACUGCCAGAAAAAGAGUUAGACUCUAUUGACAAUUGAUAAUCGAGUAUUACCCACGGUGCUUAUUAUUUUUUAUGAGCUUCCACUGGAAUGAUUCCUAUUAUUCGUAGCAGCAUAAUCAUUUCCAAAGACCCCAGUAUUUGCUGCUAUAUUUUGUAAACUCCCCUGGUGUACCCGAACAAGGGGAUUUCCUCACAUCAUUUCUUUGUGUCUAGACAUCAUAGGGUUAACAGAUGUGCUUAUUUUACAGGAAGGGAUUUUAAAAUUUAAACUGAGAACUACCUGGGAUCAUAGUGUUUCUGUGAUUUUAUUUAAUUAUGUAUAGUAAUUGUCCCGUGCCAGGAAAACCAAGACUUGCAAAAUACUUUGCACUCAAAAUGUUUUCACUGUUUCUAAUUGUUAAUGGUUUCUGCUUUCUUUUGACUACUUGACUUACAAAAUGAUCUGAUACGACUCCUCCAUUGAAGAGCAAAGGUAACUCAUGUUUAUUAAGUAAUUAACUGCUUGUUCUACAUGGUUAUAGUAUUUUUCCACUAUUUAAAAAAAAAUAACAAUCAUGGCUAGUGUUCAUUGCAAGACAGUGAAAAAUAUAAUUUCCUACAUACAUUCAUUUUUAAAUGUUGCCUUAAAUAGGUAUAAAUGAGCAGUAAUUGCAGUGUACUGAUUUACCUCAAGGUGCAAAAUAAUUAAACCUGUACAUAUUCCAUUUACAAAAUAAAUUAGUAUCAACAGCCCUGCACUUUCUUAGAUGCCUUGGUUUCCAGGAUGGAGCUUAGUGCUACUGAAUACCCUGGCUACAGAGCCACCUCAGGAUAUUCUUCUCUCCGCCCUAUCUUAUUUAUUUAUAGAUGUCUGUUUACAGAGACUAUAAUAAAUCCUGAUGUUGACCGUCUGAAAUUUACCUUCUUUUGAAUGCUAUUUCACUCUAAAAUAGCAGCUUUUGAGAAAACAAUGAACGAACUUCCUUAUGAAAAAAGGAUGAUUCUUUCUAUUCUCUUAUAUUAGAUACGCUGAAGUGAAGCCCACAGUCUUUCGUGUGUGUGUGUGUGUCUGUGUGUGUGUGUGUAUGUGUGUGGUGUAAGAGAGAGAGAGAAAAAAUGAUGUUUAAAAUCUUAAAUCUCUUCAGUUGUUGAAAAAAGCUGUGGCAUAUCCAUGUUCAUAUUUGCCAAGUCUUUGUAAAACAUGAUGUGCUAAUGCAUGUAUUUAUAAAGCAGGUUUCUUUACCACUCAAAAUUACUGAUUUUUGUUUUCUCCAUCCAAAAAGCAUUUGUUUCUUCCUCAUGCUUCAAGUUUAUGUAUGUAUAUAAUAGCUUUCUAAGUUUUUCCUUUCACAAAGACAGGUUCAGAAUUCUGUAAAACAUAAAAUGGUUUCUGAAACUGAGGUAUUACACCAGAGCUUGCUGUAUUUCAAGGAUCAUAUCAUGUGCAUCAGUUCCUUAAAUGUGCUCAACAUGUGAAUCCUGUUUUAAAGUGCUCAGAUUUUGGAUGUGUAAGCCAUUGAUAUAACAUUGUAAUUCAAAAAUGUUUAAAUUAAAUAACUUAAUGUUUUAAAUUUAUUUAUGUAGAUUACAUCAUUGUUAAUCAUAUAUAAUACAAAUGUGUGAAAUGUUUUUUGGUUUAGUCCAACAAUUAUUUAUUUUUUAGAAAGUAAGCUUAAAGAUUUUAAGGACAUUGAAAAUUAAAAUAGUGUUCAAAAUUCAAAAUUUGGCAAUUUUAAUGUAAAGUUGGUUCUUUUCUAACAUUAUCAGAAAGUAAUAUAAGUAUCGAUAAUAGGAAAACAUAUAGUUGGAAAUGGAAUCAUCUAAAGGUCAUUUUAAAACUUUAAUUAGCACAUACUGACUUCUACAGUUGACUUAUAGUAAUUGUUAAACCCCAGUGGUUUUUUAAUCAGAUUUUAUGCAUUGAUUGAUUUUUGUGUUGUGGCUUUUCUUUUGUUGCUUUAAUAUUAAAAAUCUGGGGGGAUUUUUGUUUGUUUUGUAGGGGGUUAUCUUCCAAUGUUUACUAUGUUUGAAUAAAUAGAAAUUGAAUUUUAAUUGUUCAUUUAUAUAGUAUUUGAUAGCUUGGUAUAAUUUCACAGUACAGUUCUAAUUUUUAUGACUUUUAUAAUUACAAUGAUAAUAUUUUCUUUUGUAAUAAAAUCCAAGGUAAAUUAAACAUUUAAAAUGUAGAACUGGUAUUUUUCAUUUAUAUGAAGUACAGGUCUCUACCAAGUCUAUAAUGUGAACAAUUCUGCCUUUCAAAUUUGUUUCAUAACUGUUAGAAGAAAACUAUUUUUUAGAGAUGUUAUUGAAGUUGAGAGAGCAAUAAAAGUCUACUGAAUUAGUUGUUGGA